CACAAGCUUCGCUAUCAUUGAGGAAGACGAAUGGGUAAAAGUUCCUGUAUCACAUUGAAAACAUAGACGAUCUACAAUAUUCAUUAAAUAGAGGACAAAAAGACCUAUAUUUCAGGUCCAACAGUUUAUCGAUUAAAGACCGCCGAUCGGAUCUGACCCCGCACAAUUACACCAAAAAAAGAUUAGAUUCCUCGAGGAACUCCCAUCAUCUGCAAUAUCAAAUUCAAACAAGAUGGCCAGCCUCAAAGACUUCCGCGUCCUAACCUUCGACGUCUACGGCACCCUAAUCGACUGGGAAACAGGCGCCCUAACAGCCCUCCAACCCCUCCUAGACGCAAACAACCGCAACGACUUCACCCGCAAGCACCUCCUAGACAUCUUCCACGAGUGCGAAGCCGCGCAACAGGCCCAGACCCCAGACCUCCCCUACGCCCAGCUCCUCACCACAAUCCACCCCCAAAUCGCCGCCAAGCUCGGCCUGUCAUCCCUGCCGUCCGCCGAAGCCUCAAAGGCCUUUGGCGACUCCGUCGGCUCUUGGCCCGCCUUCCCGGACACGGUCGACGCCCUCCGCCGGUUGGGCAAGUACUACAAGCUCGUCGUGCUCUCCAACGUCGACCGCGGCUCGUUUGCGCUGAGUAACGCGGGACCAAUGGCGGGCGUGCCGUUUGAUCUUAUUGUCACGGCGCAGGAUGUAGGGUCGUAUAAGCCUGACCAGCGCAACUUUACGUACAUGCUCCGCGAGGUGAAGGAGAAGUUUGGGGUUGAGAAGGAGCAGAUGCUGCAGACGGCGCAGAGUCAGUUCCAUGACCACCAUCCGGCCAAGGAGGCUGGUAUCAAGUCGUCUUGGAUUGUGAGGCCUGGUGCGGUGAUGGGAAAUAGGGAUCGUGAGGUGUUUGAUUGGAAGUUUGAUACGUUGGGGGAGAUGGCUGAUGCGCUUGAGAAGGAGCUGGCUUGAGGCGGGGUCAUUUAUAUUUAGUAGGUGCAUAGAAAGAUGUUCUGUUUAGAUGCUCUGUUGGAGGACCACCAUACAUGAAGUGAAGCUAUUUUGGUUUCAACAUCUUGGAGUUUUUGUGCCGCUGUGAAGCUGUAACAACGUACUCAUGAGAGUGAUUUUGUCUCUCAACCACUGCAAGCAACAUCUCCACUCUUCUCGGCCUAGUCACUUAGAAACAAGACGAGAAACUUGCACGCAAA